GCGCCGCAUCAGUAUUUUGAACUGCUACCGCCAUGACCGCCAUAACUCAGAACCUGCCAUGGUUCAUUCGCGACCUCGGAGUCUCCAUCGUUGGUGAGAAAUGUUACGCCUCGCUGGUCGAGAAUUUGAAUAUUCAAGAUGCGGAGUGUCUCAAAUACUCGCUUUCAAAAGGCUUAGGCCUUGGUAUUGUAGUUGGAGGUUCUAUAAUGAAGGUCCCCCAGUUAUUGCUUAUCCUCUCCGCGCGGUCUGCUCGUGGCUUAUCUCUACCAGCAUAUGUUCUCGAGACGCUGGCCUAUGCUAUCACUUCCGCUUAUUCGUAUCGCAGCGACUUUCCCUUCUCGACCUAUGGAGAAAACUUAUUCCUCACCAUCCAGAAUACCCUUAUCACUCUUCUAAUCAUUCAAUAUCCUACUGCUUUGGCAAAAAAAUCCCAAAAUAAAACCUCUCAGCUUGCUGUGGCUACUGUUGCGACUGUAGCUGCUGGCUUCACAUUAUACAGCCUUCCCAAGGACACACUAGCUCUUCUCCAACUGGCUACUCUGCCUCUAUCUCUGUUCUCCAAACUCCCUCAAAUUAUGCAGAAUUCUCGUGCACAAUCUACCGGACAGCUCUCUGCCUUUGCUGUUAUUUCCCAAAUUGCUGGCUGUCUCGCCCGGUUAUUUACUACCGCUACUGAAGUGGGCGACGCUAUUGUGACUGCUGGCUUUGCGCUAGCGCUCGUACUAAACAUCAUCUUGGGCGCACAGCUGUGGAUGUACUGGGGUAAAGAUGAGAAAGAGGACUUUGGAAAGACACGCAUUGGCGUCCUUAGCGAGAAGGAAAAGGAAGAUUGGGCACCAGAAAGGCAGAGCAGGGUAGAUGUCGUUGUCACACCCAAGUCCCCUGUUCCACGUCACACUUCUUCGCCCUCUGGCAGAAGAUGGUCCAGAAAAUUAGAUUGAUUUUCUGCCUAUUGUAUUUAUAGUUACUAUUAGAUAUUGGCUAUUUGGACUAAUCGUUAUCCAACUCAUGAAAUC